UGGUAAAGCAUUGAUCACUACCUCUCACUCACAAUGUUCUAGAAGUGCGCCGUUCCAAUCUGACCACGUAGCAUAUUCCGGAGUCAGUACUGCCCGCUCAAUAAUGUCUCGCACUGCGACUGCGGUUGAGACGACAGAAGAAGUAAAGACACUCGAACACACGGGUGUCGUACUGAAACUACGAAAACCGAAACCGGCAAGUCGUCGCAAAGUUGUUUGGCGCGAAGACACUGUCGACAAUGAACAUAUGAACAAAAAGAAGUCUAAAUGCUGCUGUAUCUAUGAGAAACCCAAGGCUUUUGGGGAGAGCUCGUCAGAAUCGAAUGAUGACGAAACCGACUGCUGUAGAGGGCAUGUUGAACGGAGGCAAAAGUCAAAACCAGUAUCAACUGAAGUUGAAGCUGUGCAGCAAGCUGAAGGACAUCCUGUUGUUGCUGAGGCAUCUGGAGACAGACCUGAGGAACGGAGGCACGUUAUGUGGUCCGAGGACACGGUCGACAACGAGAACAUGAACAAGAAAUCGUCGAAAUGCUGUUGUAUCUAUCAGAAACCAAAGAAAUUCGACGAAAGCUCGUCAGAAAGCGAGGACGAUGACUGCGGACAGCAUAGAGGACAUGUUGAAAGAAAAAAGAAGCACUGCCUUCCUGUGGAUGAUGACAAUGUUGAGAUGUGACGAGUUGUCACCCGUAAUUUGGUGAAUGACGAAAUGGUGGCCGUAUUGAAUGGAUGCCUGAAAACUAUUGGAAACGUAAGAGUUUUAGAUAGCUAACCUAAUCGAAGCUGCAGCUCAGUCUUUGAUAUAAAAUUAAUACCUGUUCUUGAGACAAAAUGCGUGAAAAAGCAAAAAGCAACAUUUCAUGAGGCUUUUGUUUCAGCAGAAAACGUCGAUGGCCAGCAUUAUGUCAUGUAUUUGAAGCUUCAAAUUUGUGGUUGAGCCUUUGGAAUGGUUGUAAACAAUGUACUGCCCAACGAAACAUGAUAAAAAUUUCUGUGUGUGCAACAGUGAGGCAUCACUAUCUUAUGCUUUUUGCUUGAAAUACAUGAAUAGACAAAACAUACAAUCAUGAAAGAAAUAGUCAGAAUAGAGUUCAAACGGUUAGGUGCAUCUAGAUUUAUUGAUGAGCCCGAGAAUUUGAACCCUAUUCAGGAUACACUGGCUUUUGGCUUGCAUAGGUGCAUGCUUUUGAUUGCUUAAUGUUUGGAAAAUGUGAAAGAUUCUGUAGCAUUUCCCUUCUGUAAAGUGUCAAUUUUAUGUGAAUUGAACACCUGUCAGCAGUAGACUUGCAUUCGUGCAUAUGCUCUGUACAGCUUGGUAUAUAUGCUGUUGGGUGUGCAGGUGGUGCCCACAGGUUCAGCAUGCUUUUACCUAUGUGCAUUAUUACACUAUUCGAGGAAAAGCAAGAAUUGUACAUCGCUGUGUAGUAGUUAUAGUGACUGGUGUUUGCAAUUUGCUUGAGUGUUUGAGAAGCUGUGUAUGCCACAUGGACUUUGCCUGCACGUGUACAUACGUAAAGAGGCUACUAGACAUAAUAAAGUGAAAAUGUGA